UAACUUAUUAAAUAUUACUUUGAUCAGAUGAAAAGCAAAUUUUAUUAAAGCAUGGAUGAAACUGGCGAAAGUGGUUUUAGGCCGUAUGCAAUUAUAUAUAUGGUCGUAGUCACUUUAUUUUUGUACUUUAUAUCAUCUUAUAUUGCGUAUAGAAGAGACAGCAAAGAACUAAAACAGUGCAAAAUCUUUUAUUUGGAACAACCAAAAUCAACCGGCAUUGCUUACUGCUUUUCUUUUACCGUCAAUAAAAGAUUUUGUGAUGACAAGGAACAAGACCUGGUUUUUCGAUUGGGCGGGGCCAAAAAUAACGGACCAUUAUUACACUUCAGGGAUUUUGACAAUAAUCUUUUUCAAUCUGGUCAAGUGGUAAACAUUGGAUUUUAUCUACCUGUGGACAUUGGUGAUUUGGAAAACAUUGAGAUUGCUUGUGUUAAUAAUAAUAAUUCAAAUGAUGAUGGCAACGAUUUGCUUUCCAUAUCACAUAUUGCGGUUCGAAAAUUCCAAAAAAUAAACUGUGAUGAUUCUGCAGCACUAGAUUUUAUGCCAAAGCAUAUUAGAACAUGGCAACAAGAUUUCACAGGUGCUAAAUCCAAGCAUUGUGAAAAGGCCAUUCUACAAGCUGGCCAGACAAAAUCUUUUUAUUUGGAAGAAAUUCAACAAUUUGGUCAAGAUUCAUUAGUCAAGUUCAUGUGGCAGCACUACUUAUUUUCCAUGUCUACAAAAUGGCAUCAAGUUUGGAGCGAAUAUUCUUGUUUGGAUUAUAUGCUGGUGAUGUGUCUUGAUGUUUUGGCAAUCACAGCAAUUAUAUCAACUUACUAUGCAUAUGGCCAACAAGCUUGCAGUUUCAACAUCAACAUGAACGAUGUUUCUUCAUAUGAACGAACUACUAAUUGGUUGGAUGAAAACUGGACAUGUUUGGUCUCCAUAUCAUGGAUGUCGUUAACGUGUUCAUUGUCUAUUAUUCCCUUGUCAAUGAUUUGGUGGAGAUUAUUUCAGUUCAUUGGUGGCAAAGGUUUCACAGACAAUCUCCUGAAAUCCUACUUGGAGAAAUGUAAUGAUGAUUACGAAAAUAACAAAACUGAUUUUUUAAUUCUACGAACACUUGAAAGCAAAAGCGUAUAUGAAGAUACUUGCAUGACAACAAAACGAUUGCUUAGAGAGGAACCGGUGAUAACAAACUGUUCCACAGACGAUAUUUCCCUGCAUAACCUUGCGUAUGUAAGAACCAAAAUGGGGCAAACUGUACUGCAAGGUGAUGAACCUGACCGAAAAAUUGUCAAGAGAAGUAACUAUGUAAGCGCGGGUGGAAAACCAAAUAUAAUGUCUGGAUCAAAGUUUGGUAUGGAUGGAACUGUUUCUACAAAUUCUUCGCAAUACUCUGAAAGAUUAGUUCAACAAAAAAAUGCCACAAUAUAUGAUUGUUCAGUUGUAGCAGAAUGCUUUGACUUUAAGAAAGAUUCAGAAGUUAAUGAUGUAUAUGGCGGUUCAUUUAAUGAUUGCAAAUGUUGCUUAAAAAAGUGUCGUAAAGAAGCUGAGAUGUCUCCUAAAACAUAUUUGAAUAAUAGGACCAUAGGGGAUGUUGAACAGAUUGUAUCGAAACCGACAUAUUUGGAAACUUUUUUAACAAAAACUCCCGAAAGUAAUAUCCAAAUAAAUAAUGAAACCAAGAUCUCACUUACUGAUCCAUGGCCAGAUUAUGAUUCUGUGUCAAUCCCUAUCAUGGUCCCCAAACCUGGAAUUAAAAGAAAGAUUCAAGUUAAAAUCCUUUCAUUUUUCUUUUUAUUGGCUGUACAAUUUGGUGAAAUUAUAACUGUAACUGCGCUGGAAAACGAAGCAAAUCUAUUUUUUCAUCCAACUGAAAUGCAAAGGGAAGCUGGGAUUCAAAACCGCACAAAUGGUGCGCUGCUUUCUUGUGUGUUGGCCUAUAUAUUUUACUUGGCAAUUACUUUACAAGUACUCGCUCUAAUAACCACUCUACUGAAACUUGUGGUUGAAAAAAGAAACAAAUAAACCACAACUUGAAGUAACA